AAAAUUUAAUAAAUAACCGCUUUACUGCGAUUGCAUUACUUUAAUUACUGAUACUUUUUGAAGUAAAUUUCCGACCGUACCCUGAAUGAAUUGUUUGUACCACGUGCAAGGUCAGUGGGGUAAAUUUAAGACACCGGCUUGGGUUCCCGAAAGUUAAAAUGCCUAGAUGUUACGUUUCGAAAGUGAAAAAUUACACGGAAGAAGAUCUGCAAAAGGCGCUUACUUUAAUUAAAGAAGGUGAAUUGUCUAUUCGAGCUGCUUCAAAGAAAUUUGGGAUUGAUAAAUCAAAAUUAAGCCGCUGCAUUCAUAAUAAAAAUAAUGCAAAACGAGGACGAAAGCAAGUCUUAUCUGUGAGAAAGAUUUAACCCAAAAAUUAACUAUAUUGGCAAAAUGGGGGUUUGCCUUAUCAAAGGAGGAGGUUAAAUUAGUUGUCCAAACAUACGUAAAUGAAAAUAAUUUGAAAACGGUUUUUAAAGAUGGUAAACCAGGUGAUGAUUGGUUUCGAUUGUUCUGUAAACGAAAUCGUCUGAGUCAGAAAAAAAUGGAACAGUUAGAAAAGGAGAACAGCCACUAGCGAUCCAUUUAUCAUAUACUCUUUCUAUGAUCGCCUCGAAGAAACAAUUAAACAGCUUGGUUUAGAAGAUAAACCCUCGCAUAUCUUUAAUUUGGACGAGACAAGCUUCAAUUUAGAUCCAGGCAGGAUCAAAGGUGUUGCUGCGGUGGGCCAAAAAGUUCAUAGGAGUAUCGAAGGAUCUGGUAAAGAAAAUAUAACGACAAUGGCUUGUAUUUCUGCUAGUGGAUUAUUAUUAUCACCGCUAAUUAUAUAUCAAGGUCAAAACCUAUGGAGCUCAUGGAAAGGGUCAAAUGACUUGGAAGGGACCUGUUACGCUGUUUCAGAAAAAGGUUGGAUGACCACCGCCGUUUUUAAUGGUUGGUUCUCCAAAUUUUUUGCAAUGGUUUCAGAAAGGCCACUUUUGGUGAUAAUGGAUGGUCAUGUUUCUCACCUGGAUAAAGGAACCAUUGACCUUGCCAUACAAAACAAUAUCACUUUGUUUAAAUUACCACCCCAUGCGACAGAUAUAUUACAACCGUUAGACAAAUGUUGCUUUGGUCCAUUGAAGCUUAAAUGGAAUCAAAAGCUUUUAGAAUGGCAGCGAUUGAAUCAGAGGAAGCUCACAAAGCCAGAAUUUGCAGAUAUGAUAUGCGAGAUAUGGAAUAUAGGAAUUUCAAGCUCUGUCAUUAAAAAGUCUUUUGAAAGCACUGGAAUAUUCCCUUGCUGUAGAGACAAAUAUCCAGUAGAACGUUUAAAUGAAAUUAAAUUGAAGAGAUAUAAAGAAAGAGCUCAAAACCCAAAUCCUUUAGACGUUUUUGAAUUGUAUCAAGAAGAAGAAAAGGACGAAAAUGCACGUGAUAUUUCUGAACAGGGAAUUGAGCAAUGCGAAACAAAGGAAAACGAAGAACCACGCCCAUCAACCUCAUUUGAACACAUUUUGCUACAAAAAAUUAAUAAAACAAACCCCGAAAUAAAGCGAAGGCGAAAGGUUGAUUCGCAAUGUGCAGUUUUAACCAGUGCCGAAUACUUAAGGAUGAUAAAUGAAAAAGAAGCUCUGCAAAAAAUGAAAAAAGAACCAAAGAAAAAGAUUCCUAAAGUGACUGAGUCUUCUUCGGACAAUGACAGCAUUCCUUACAAAGACGAAAGCGACACUGAAAAUCUGACAGUUGAAGACAUUGUCAAUGAAGAAAAUCAAUCAAAUGAAGAUUUUUGUGUGAGUGACAUUAAAAAUGGAGACUACAUUUUAGUGAAGUUUUGUACAAAGAAAAAAAUAUUACAUUAUGUUGCGCUCGUGGAAUCUGUAGGAGAAAAUGAGUGUUCUGUGUCGUAUUUACGUCGAAAGGGAGACAAAUUUAUAUUUCCCCAGAUACCUGAAAAAUAUAAUGUGCCUAAGGAUGAUGUAGUUUUGAAAUUACCAGCCCCAGACUUUCAUGGGGGCACCGCGAGAGUAUCACAAAAAUUUGUAUUUUCUAUUGCUUUUGAUAAAUUUAAUGUGAACUAAAGCUUAUGUUAAAGAUUUACUUUAUUUUCGAACUUUGUGUCAACAUGGUUACCAUAUUUCUUCAUGAUGAGUUAAAUCAAAUAUUUCUUUUUAUUAUUAUUAGGUUUUUGUGUGUAUUUUUUUAAGUAAACUGAGAAAAAAUAUAUAAAUGAGUGUCUCACAUUUACCCACAAUGUAUUAGUAUUACCCCAAGGAUGAUAGGCAACGCACUCUAUUUAAUAAAUGCCUGAAAACGUA